UGACGGCGUCCGGGCCGCCGCCGCCCCGCUGCUUACCCGCUGCCGCCGUCGCCACCGCUGCCGCCGCCGCCGGCUGUGGAGCCCGCCGCCGCCGCCGCCGCCCACCUCCGCCAUGGACCUGUUCGGGGACCUGCCCGAGCCCGAGCGCUCGCCGCGCCCAGCUGCCGGGAAUGAGGAAGCUCAGAGAGGACCUCUGCUCUUCGACGACCUCCCUCCCGCCAGCAGUACUGACUCAGGAUCGGGGGGACCUUUGCUUUUUGAUGAUCUCCCACCAGCCAGCAGUGGCGAUUCAGGUUCUCUUGACACUUCGAUGUCUCAGAUGGUGAAGAAUGAAGAGAAAGGAGCAAAGAGAAAAGCCCCUGAAGAAGAGAAGAACGGCAGCGAAGAGCUUGUGGAAAAGAAAGUUUGUAAAGCCUCUUCAGUGAUCUUUGGUUUGAAAGGCUAUGUGGCCGAGCGGAAGGGUGAGCGGGAGGAGAUGCAGGAUGCCCACGUCAUCCUGAAUGACAUCACCGAGGAAUGUAGGCCCCUGUCAUCCCUCAUUACCCGGGUUUCAUAUUUUGCUGUUUUUGAUGGACAUGGAGGAAUUCGAGCCUCAAAAUUUGCUGCACAGAAUUUGCAUCAGAACUUAAUCAGGAAGUUUCCUAAAGGAGAUGUAAUCAGUGUAGAGAAAACGGUGAAGAGAUGCCUUUUGGACACUUUCAAGCACACUGAUGAAGAGUUCCUUAAACAAGCUUCGAGCCAGAAGCCUGCCUGGAAAGAUGGGUCCACUGCCACGUGCGUUCUGGCUGUAGACAACAUUCUUUACAUUGCCAACCUUGGAGAUAGUCGGGCAAUCCUCUGUCGUUACAAUGAGGAGAGUCAAAAGCACGCAGCCUUAAGCCUCAGCAAGGAGCAUAAUCCAACGCAGUAUGAAGAGCGGAUGAGAAUACAGAAGGCUGGAGGAAACGUCAGGGAUGGACGUGUUCUGGGUGUGCUGGAGGUGUCCCGCUCUAUCGGGGAUGGGCAGUACAAGCGUUGCGGGGUCACAUCUGUGCCAGAUAUCAGACGCUGCCAGCUGACCCCCAAUGACAGGUUCAUUUUGUUGGCCUGCGAUGGCCUCUUCAAAGUCUUCACCCCGGAGGAAGCUGUGAACUUCAUCUUGUCCUGCCUUGAGGAUGAGAAGAUUCAGAGCCGAGAGGGGAAGCCUGCCACCGACGCCCGCUACGAAGCAGCCUGCAACAGGCUGGCCAGCAAGGCGGUGCAGCGGGGCUCUGCAGACAACGUCACCGUGAUGGUGGUGCAGAUUGGACACUGAGGAUGUGGCCGGGAGGGCAUGGCGCUGACGUCAGAGGUUCAUUGUAUGUGUGCACAUGUUGUGUGUUUCGUGUACUCCUGUGGGACUCACAUGCUUGUAAAUAAAGUUUUUUUUUUCUAA